GACAGCCAAAAACUACCAACGGCGCCAAAUACGACAGCUUUUGAGGAGAAACAUGGAGGAACUUAGAUGGUUACAAUGGUUAAGUGGAAAGUAACGUCCGUCGUCAGUGGUGUUAUGACGGAGUGGUUGUGGUGGGAGCCCUGUAGUGUUGGACAUGCAGCGGAGAAAAGCCUCAGCGAGUGUGGAGGUGAAGCAGGUGAUUGCGACUCUGUGCAGACUGUUAGCGGCCACCGGCCUGGACGUAGUCCCCACACCUGAGUCCUUUAGACGGGCGAAAUUCGGUGAUGGACCCGAGGUGGAAGGUCAGUUUUGGCAGCUGCUCACCAACAUCUUUCAGAUAAUAGACGACGUUCCUGUUGAAGUCACUGACCAGCCAAUGAGAGCCCCGGUGCAGAGGCAGGUGGUGGCUGCAGGCCUCAGGCUGAGCGGCUUCCACGCCGACUGGCUGUGUGGCAGAAAGGAAGAAGGGAAGAGUUUCUCCAGCAGAGAUCUCCUGCUGGCAGUGAGCUGGCUGUUCGCCACAGGAACACUGGAGAAACUGCUGAUGCAUCGCGUGCAGCGGCUGGACAACACCCUACUCACACUCCGACCUGUGAAGACUCCUGUCUGUCUUGACCUUCAGUUUGACCCUUCUUCUCUGAGGAGACUUCAGUGGCUGAGAGGAUCUCUGAGGCACCAACAAAGGAUUCUGCUCUCCAUUCUGGAGGAGAGGGCGCGGUUACUUCACACUGUUUUCUCAGCCAGCCUCUCCUCCACUGUGUCCUCCUCUGCUGUUGAUCCAGACUGUUCUGCAAUAAAACACGACAGUGUGUGUGUGAAGCAGCUCUGUGACCUGCUGCAGUCGUAUUUGAACUGGAAACAAGUGGAGAGUGUCUUUUGGAGCUGGAUGGACAGUGUGAUGGACUGCCACCACGUAGUUUCUGUAGUAAAGGAGCCUCAGCUUAUCACCAAUGUGUGUCAGCACGGCAACCAAGAACAAGAGAACACACUCGGGCUCCACACAGCACAGACCUGCAGAGUGAGACUGGAGGAGAGGAGCCCAUUCAGAGAGUACACCUACCCAGCAGCAAGGCACAGCAGAGAGGCUGAGGCUCCAGACAAGCUGCCAGCAUCUGAGGCUGUACGGCUGCUGCUUCACACUGAGGCUGCGCUGCAGAAAGUCAGAGACAGACGGAGACUGGACACUCGCAUGCAGCUGCAGGAAGUGAUUGGUGAACUGGAGGGACUGGUGUUGAUACCACCCUAGACCGCUCUGUGUUACAGCCCCAAAUGAAAAAAAAGAAGGAAUUUCAUGUUAAAAUCCAUGCAUGGGAGAGUAUAUGUUUGGACUUUUACAGAUAAUCAGAUCGUACCAGCACGAUGUACAUAGUUUACAUUAUUUUAAAUUCACUGUCAUUUGCUACACCUCAUUUAUGGAAAAGGAAUAAAUGGCUACUCCUCAA